UGUUUGGCGGAACUUAGCGGUCGGUUAGCAACGACGGCAUCAACAGCAGGAUGCAAAGAGAACUGUCACCCUGAAACUCGCUAAAAUGUAUUAAAACUCAAGUUUGUUUUAACGGCGUCGGUACAACGUCAAUUGUAUUCAUUUAUCCGUUUGAUUGACAGUUUGAUAAGAGAGACAGCGAGACCAUGGAAAUCCGGAGAGAUACUCAUGGAGAAGAAGAGACACUGACUGGGGGACAGAGGGAGAUGUCUGUUGCUGCUGCUAAUGAUGCUAAUGAUGAAUAGGAUGAUAAUGACGACAACGAUGGUGAUGAUGUCGACUCGCAGCUAAAUGCUAAUAUGCUAUCCGGUUUAGUAAUAAUAAUAUACAUAACUUUUAAUCAACAACGCAAGCUGUAAACAUGGACUCAUUACUGGAUUUUGAAGAGUGUGUCAAGGACUCGCCGGAGUUCAGACUGAACCUGGAUCAGUUUGAGAAGGAGGCUUUUCUGCUGGAGGCACACCUAGACAAGGUGAGGAAGCUGUGCAACAGAAUGGUGGAGGCGGGACAAGCCUAUAACUUGGCCAAUCAGCUCUUCAUGAGCAGCCUAGCUGAGCUCCCCACGUACCAGACGGUUGACGGAGUCAUUUCUAACUGUCUGAACCAGCUCAACCAGGGACUGCAGGAGAUCCUCAGCUUCCACACUAUGUUGUUUGACCAGACACAGAGAGCCAUCAGUCAGCAGCUGAACAACCUCUGUACACAGUUCCUGCCUCAGCUGGCAGAGACCAGGAGGGACUUUGUUCGCAUCGGGGAGGAUCUCGAGACUGCAGCGAUAAAAAAUGCUCAGGUGUCUCGCCACAAAGCUGGCGAUGCUGAGAGGACGAGUCACCUACUUUUGGCCACGAGAAAAUGCUACCAACACUUUGCCCUGGAUUACUGUCUGCAGAUCUAUGUUUAUAUAUAAAAACAAGAACAAAAUAACACGUGUAAAACGUGUACAUGUCUCUGUGUGUCUCAGGUCUUCUCCUUUGUCCAGGCCCACUUCACUUUCUUCCAUCAAGGUUUUGACCUUUUCAGAGACUUAGAGCCCACAAUGAAGAACAUGGCAACACAGCUGUCCCAGCUCUCUGUCUUCUGUGCAUCCAAAAGAAAAGGCCUGGAGAACCAACACCUGCUAGUGCAGCAAAGAGAUGCUUCAGGUGAGCAGAUGGUCAGCCCAUGUCCCAGCAGUGAUGAUGUCAUCCAGGGUUACCUGUUUAAACGUUCCAGAAGGAAAACCAAAACCUGGAAGAGAUGCUGGUUCUCCAUCAGACAAAAUCAGCUCAUUUACAGAAAAUCACACAAGGAAGACUCCAUGGUUCUGUUUGAUGAUCUCAGGCUCUGUGCUGUCAAAUCACUGGAUCACAUUGACCGGCGGUUCUGCUUUGAGCUGCUCUCUGUUCAGAAGUGCUGUGCUCUGCAGGCCGACUCAGAGCAGCUGAAGCAGGCGUGGCUAACAGCAGUACAGGGCAGCAUUGACCUGGCCUACAGAGAGAGAGGAGUCUCCCCUCUUCUCCCACAGCCCAAAGAGUCUUCAUCCCUCCAGUGUGUUGAGGACAACACGCCUGCCCCGCCCCCUCAGAAGCCCGCAGCCCUGGGUGUGGCUUUAAAGGGCCACGGGAACCAACGAUGCUGUGACUGUGGUGAGGAGGAUCCUCGCUGGGCUUCAGUCAACCUGGGAAUCACCAUGUGCAUCGAGUGCUCAGGAAUUCACAGAAGUUUGGGUGUUCACCUGUCCAAGGUGAGAUCUCUCACCCUGGACUCCUGGGAGUCUGAACAGCUGAAGCUUCUGUGUGUUCUGGGCAAUGAUGUCAUGAACGGAAUCUAUGAGGCUCGCUGCUCAGAGGAAGGAGGAGUCAAACCCACAGCUGACAGCCCACGAGCAGGAAAAGAGACGUGGAUCAAGGAGAAGUAUGUGGAGAAGAAAUUUGUGCCUUUGAACAGCAGUUUACAUGAAACUGGGUGUCCUAAAGUGGAUGCUGGCCUGCGACUGUAUCAGGCAGCGUUGGUGGGAGACCUGGUUUCCAUGGCAAGAUCUGUGGCUGAAGGGGCAGAGGUCAAUAGUAGCUUGAGUGAAGAGGGGGGACGCACGGCUCUGAUUGCAGCUGCUGUCGGGGGGUCACUGUUGGCCUGCGAGUUCUUGCUGCAGAAUGGAGCUAACGUCAACUACAGAGACCUAAGAGGACAGGGGGCGCUGCAUGCUGCUGCCACAGCUGGACACACCGGGCAGGUGUGUCUGCUGCUGAAGAGAGGAGCCAAUCAGUACGCUGUGGACGAGACAGGACAGGACCCUCUUGCCAUUGCUGUGGAAACGGCUAAUGCUGACAUUGUCACACUGCUGAGGAUGGCUCGGAUGAAUGAAGAAAUGAGAGACUCAGAAGGUGUUUUUGGAGCCAUGGGUGACGACGAGACGUUUCAGGACAUCUUCCGUGACUUCAGUGACAUGGCUUCUCAUGACCCAGACAAACUCAGCAGGAGGCAGUUCAAGGAGGAAGGAGAAAAACAAAAGGAGGACACAGAAGGGGGCGAGGGAAAAAAAUGGAAAGGUGUGAUGCAGUCUGACAGUGAGGAUGAGGAGGAAGGAAAAAGGAUAAAGCCUGCAGUAGGAAGUGAUGAUGAGCAGGAGAAGGUGCAAGGAGAUGACAGUGAUGAGAAAAAGCCAGUGAAAAGAAAGAAGGCCAUUCUCUCAGAUAGUGAAGAUGAGAAGGAAGGUGCACCAGCAGUGAAGAAAAGUCGAGCAGUGUCCGAUGAUGAGGAUGAUCAAGAGAACUCUGACAGUGAUGACGGAGGUCCAGAUAAGAGUUUGAAAGCCAAAUUGGUGGAGCUGGGCUCUGACAGUGGCAGCGAAGAUGAUGCCAAAGCAGCAGAUGGGAAGAAGAAUGAAAAGGCGCUGUUUGGUAGCGACAGUGACUCUGGAGAUGAGGAAGAGAAAAUGAUUGCAGACAUCUUUGGAGAGUCUGGGGAUGAAGAGGAGGAGGAGUUCACGGGUUUUAACCAGGAGGACUUAGAAGGAGAGAAGGAGCAGGUGAAGAAGAAGCAGCAGGUGGAAGAGGAGUCAGACUCUGAUGAAGGAGUGGAUCGUAGCGGUCAAGACACCAGCUUUAUGUCAGACUUUGACCUCAUGCUCGCUAAGAGAAAAGCCAUGAACAGCAGGAAGCGAAGACACCGGGAUGGAGGGACGUUUAUUAGCGACGCAGAUGAUGUGGUCAGUGCUAUGAUCACCAAGAUGAACGAGGCAGCAGAGGAGGAUAGAACUCUGAACAGUCAGAAGAAACCUGCACUGAAGAAACUCACUUUACUGCCUCAGGUCGUUAUGCACCUCAAGAAGCAAGACUUGAAGGAAACAUUCAUUGACUGCGGCGUGAUGUCGGCCAUCAAAGAGUGGAUCAGUCCUCUUCCAGACAAAUCACUUCCCGCUCUUAGGAUCAGAGAGGAGCUGCUAAGGAUCCUGCAGGAGUUGCCCAGUGUAAGUCAGGAGACUCUGAAGCAUAGCGGUAUUGGCCGGGCUGUUAUGUUUCUCUACAAGCAUCCCAAAGAGUCUAGAAAUAACAAGGACCUGGCGCUCAAGCUAAUCAACGAGUGGUCAAGGCCGAUUUUUGGUUUGACCUCUAACUACAAAGGAAUGACGAGAGAAGAGCGGGAGCAGAGAGAUCUGGACCAGCAGAUGCCUCAGAGACGACGACUCAGUUCAGGAGGACAGACUCCCCGGAGAGACCUGGAGAAGCAGCUGACUGGAGAGGAAAAAGCUCUACGACCUGGUGACCCAGGGUUCUGUGCUCGGGCUCGUGUGCCGAUGCCCUCCAACAAAGACUAUGUAGUACGACCCAAGUGGAACGUGGAGUCAGACUCCAAUAGGGGUCCUGGGAAGAAAGGAUUGUCUCGGGUGGAUAAACAGAUGCGUAGAUUUGCCGACAUCCGCCGCCUCACGAAGACAGGACAUGCUGUAAAGAUCAGUGUCGAAGGAAACAGGAUGCCGCUGUGAUUUUAAAAUCAGUUUAUUCUUUUUUUUUUUUUUUAGUUUUUUUCUUUUUAGUUCUUUGUUUCUAAACACUUACACACACACCCCCACCACUCCCCCCCCCCCCCC